GACAAUGUAUCGAGAGGUGACGGUUUUUCUGGCACUAUGCGGCAUCACCAUAGCUUCUUUAUUGGAUGGUGAUAUAGAUUUGGCUGAUGGAGUGCGGUUGGCUAGGAUCCCUGUGUCAAACUCUAUUGAAGAUGAGGGGAGAUCUUUCGGGGAGAACUCUGCUCUGUUGCGGAUGGCAAAAUUCCUGCAAGGACACGAGUUGCACGUGAAGCUCCCGAAUUUGAUUGAGAAGGAUCGUGUUACUCAGUUCGUUGCUGAUACGCUCAAGGUCGUCGAUGAGAGCUACAAGGAGAAUUCUGUAACUGGAAGAGGCAAGGGUGGCGGCGGCGGUGGUGUGGCACUUCUAGGACUCAUGUUUGCCAAGGCGCUUGGAGCUAUGGGCAUUGGAGGGUUAGGUCUACUUACUAUGAAGGCCUUAGCCGCAUCAGCACUCGCUCUCAUGCUAGCAGCCAUAGUAGGAGUAAAGAAACUGGCGUCUCAUGACGGAGGAGAGGACCACCAGGUCAUCUACGCUGGUCAUCAUGGACACCACCGAAGGAGAAGAGAGAUCACCCCCCUACCCUACCGAGGUUGGAGACAAUACGAACAAAAGUCUUAGUGUAGCUAUAUAUUUAUUUAAUUUAUUAA